UAAAAGGAGCUUUUAUGUUCACCUAUCAAAUACUCUUAUCUUCAGUCUUGACUACUAUAAAUACUCUCCGACUCCUACUCCUCUUCUCCACCAAACAUCAUAUUCAUACCAAAAGGGAAAUAGCUAAAAAAGAUAUACUACCAUUCUAAUACUUCGUCCACAAACCUUUUAUACCAUCAUGAACUCAACAUUAAGUCAUGUGUAUAGAACGCAUCCCAUUCACAUCCAAUCCUCAAACUUACCCGACUUCAGAUCCCUUAGUUACCUCCCAGACUCUUACACGUGGACCGCAAAAGACGAUCUCCUCUUCUCCGCUUCCGCCUCCAACUCCAACGCAUCCCUCCCGUUCAUUGACCUCUCCCGUCCCCACGUAGCCACUCGCGUUGGACAUGCUUGUACCACGUGGGGAGCGUUCCAGAUCACCAACCACGGCGUGCCCUUACGACUUCUCGAAGAUAUUGAGCUACUUACAGAAAAUCUUUUUCGGCUUCCCGUCCACCGUAAGCUUAAGGCGGCUAGAGGGGACGAUACCAUCUCUGGCUACGGCGUUGCUCCCAUUGCUUCUUUCUUCAACAAGCAAAUGUGGUCCGAAGGUUUCACAGUUAUUGGUUCCCCACUUAACCAUUUCCAUAAACUCUGGCCCGGGUAUCAUCAUAAAUACUGUGAAAUUAUGAAAGAAUAUGAAGAACAUAUGCAAAAGUUGGCAGCAAAGUUGAUGUGGUUAGCAUUGGGUUCACUGGGAGUCGAAGAAAACGACAUUGAAUCGGCUGGCAUGAGUUCAGACUUUCAAGGGGCAGAAGCGGCUAUCCAACUAAACCAUUAUCCACUAUGCCCAGAACCGGACCGAGCAAUGGGCCUUGCGGCACAUACCGACUCAACUCUCAUGACCAUCCUGUAUCAGAACAACACCGCCGGUCUCCAGGUUUUCAGGGAUGACGUGGGCUGGAUCACCGUGCCACCUGUCCCUGGAUCACUAGUGGUCAACGUCGGUGACUUACUGCACAUUUUGACCAACGGAAUAUUUCAGAGCGUUCUUCACCGAGCUAGGGUUAACCACCUCCGAUCUCGCUUCUCCAUGGCUUACCUGUGGGGUCCACCUUCUGAGCAAAUGAUCUCUCCGCUUCCCAAACUCAUUGAUUCUCUGCAGUCUCCUCAUUAUCCAUCUCUCACAUGGAAACAGUACCUUGUAACCAAAGCUACGCAUUUUAAUCAGUCUCUUUCCUUUAUUAGAAACUAUCCAUCUUCAGACCAGAUUUCUUGAUGUUUACUUUUCUACUGUUUUUAAUGUACAUUUUUAUCUGAAUAAUAAUAUGACUAUUGAAAUUUUA